AUGGCCGCCAUGGUCCUGACCAACCCGUCUCCCCUCCCAACCCCGCCAUAUUCCUGCUUCACCUACCGAUCCGACUAUCCACGGCCAACACUCCCCGACCCAGAAUGGACACUCGUCCGCAUCCACGCCUGCGGGCUGAACCGCGCCGAGCUGCGCUCUAGAGCAGGCCUGCCUCCCGGGAUCCCCGAAUUCAACAUCUUCCAGGCCGAGUACCACGCCGACCCGCCCGCCAUCCUGGGCGAGGAGUUUGUCGGCGAAGUCGAGCUGGCGGGGUCUCGGAGCGGGUUUGAGCCGGGCGAACGCGUCGCGGGGAUCGUGUAUGGUGGCGGGAAAGCCCAUGAUGGGAGUUAUGCCCAGUAUUCGAUCUGUCAUUCGAGGCGGUUGUUUAGGUUGCCCAAGCCCAAGGCGGCCACUACAACUUCCUCUUCCUCUUCCUCUUCCUCAGGGCAUCACUUGUCGUGGGAAGUCCUCGCCGCGAUUCCCAUGAGCAUGGUCACCGCGUAUGGAUGUAUUGUGUUGGCAGGGGGGUUGGAAAGGAAAAGAAACUUGACGAGUUCACCCAUAACAGUCCUUGUCCACGGCGCCACAUCCAGCGUCGGCAUCUGGGCCAUUCUCUUAGCCAAAGAGCGCGGCGCCACCGUCAUCGCCACGACCCGCAACGCCAGCAAAGCAGCCCAUUUGCAGAAAUGCGGUGCCGACCACGUCCUCCUCGAAGACCAGCUGGACCACGACCUCCCCAGACUGGUUCCCAACGGUGUCGACAUCGUGCUGGAACUCGUCGGCCCCAACCAGACGAUGCGCAGUCUGGGCUUUGCCGCGCGCUACGGCACCGUGGUGGUCGCGGGCGUGUUGAAUCUCGAGUGGGACGCCGGGGGGUUUAACCCGGUCAUGAUCCCGCCCACGCGGAACCUGAGUUUCUACACGUUAACGAAUAGUGGGGUCGGGAACGAAGAUGACGGCAUCGACCAGAUUGAAGGGCUGCUGGCCGAUGUCAUUGGGAAGGUCGAGAGCGGUGUCUUCCCGGUCGACUGUUUUCUGGACAGGACGUUCAGGUUGGAUCAGAUGGGCGAGGCGCAUGAUUAUAUGGAGCGGAACAAGGCCAUGGGCAAAGUUGUGGUGAGUGUGCCUUGA